UCUAAAAACUGGAACUUGUUUUCUACCCUGUCUCCACAUUGACACAAAAGGCCUACCUUCAUUCGAAAAAUUUACGCAGCCAUGGAUGUGAACACCAACCCGAUAUCCAUGCUUGUUCUUCUCAUCUUAUGCCUAUUUCUCAGAAGCCAUAUCUCGCUUGGAGCUGAUACCAUCUCUGGAAACCAAUCACUCUCUGGUAACCAGACCAUUGUCUCUGAAGAUGGCGUCUUUGAACUGGGAUUCUUCAAACCCAGUAAUGCUUCAAAAUACUACAUAGGCAUGUGGUACAAACAAAUCACUGAGAAGACAGUAGUUUGGGUGGCGAAUAGAGAGAAACCAGUCUCUGACACAUAUUCUUCAGAGCUACAAAUCUCAGAUGGUAAUUUAGUUCUCUUCAAUGAGUCCAAAGUCCCAAUUUGGUCCACAAAUGUGAACUCCACCAGAUCUCCUGAAGUGAAAGCAAUUCUUUUGAAUGAUGGAAACCUUGUGUUAGAAGAUGGAUCGAAUUCGUCAAAACGACUAUGGGAAAGUUUUCUUAAUCCAGCUCAUACAUGGCUCCCUGGUAGUAGAAUUGGGUAUAACAAGAAGACCAAUACAAAGCAACUCCUCACUUCAUGGAAGAGUUCAGAGGAUCCGGCACCCGGCCUCUACUCCCUUGAGAUAGUUCCCAAUGGCAAAUCUUAUAUAAUACGGUGGAAUAGGUCUCGACAGUAUUGGACGAGUGGAGAUUGGAAUGGAGCUAUUUUUAGCAAGAUCCCAGAGAUGAGGCUCAAUUAUAUCUACAAUUUCAGCUUUGUCCCAAAUGAUGAGGAGACCUAUUUCACCUAUUCUGUUUACCCCUCUUCUCGUACAAUAUCUAGAUUUGUGAUGGAUGUUUCAGGGCAAAUCAAGCAACUAUCACUUUUGUCUGACAACAAAUGGAAUUUGUUUUGGGCUCAACCAAGACAACAAUGCGAAGUUUAUGUUUUUUGUGGGGCAUAUGGCAGCUGCAGUGAGAAGUCCUUGCCCUUUUGUCAUUGUUUGACCGGGUUUGAGCCAAAGAUGAAGAGUGAUUGGGAUUUGCAGGACUAUUCUGGUGGGUGCACCAGGAAAACCAAACUUCAGUGUGGAAACGACAAUCCAACAAAUGGCGAGAGAGAUGGAUUCCGCAAAACUCCCAACGUUUUGUUGUCUGAAAUUGAACAACCUGUCCAAGUAGGGAAUACUACGGCAUGUGAAUCAACCUGCUUAAAUAACUGCUCUUGCACGGCUUACGCUUAUGACAACAGUGGUUGUAUGAUUUGGAUGGGAGAUCUCUUGAAUGUUCAACAGCUUGAAGAAGAUGACAACCGUGGAAGAAUGCUCUACAUUCGGGUAGCAGCUUCAGAGUUGAAGAGUUCUACAAACGAGUUUAAGAGUACUAAAAGUAGAAAGGGACUAAUUGUUGGUGUUGUAGCGGGGUCAAUAUUUCUCCUAGGCCUUAUUUUGUUUUUUAUUUUGAGACGAAGAAACAAGGUUUUCGGAACAGGCAAAGUGAAGGGUGCAUUGGUGGCAUUUGGUUAUAGAGAUUUGCAGAAUGCAACGAAGAACUUUUCGGAGAAAUUGGGCGGAGGAGGCUUUGGUUCAGUGUUCAAGGGUACUUUGCCUGACUCUACUAUGAUAGCAGUGAAGAAGCUUGAAAGCGUUGGCCAAGGGGAGAAGCAAUUCCGAACAGAAGUCAGCACAAUCGGGUCAAUACAACACGUUAAUCUUGUUCGACUUCAUGGUUUCUGCUCUCAAGGUACUAAAAGGUUGUUGGUCUAUGGUUACAUGUCUAAUGGAUCUUUAGACGCUCACCUUUUCCACGAGAAAAAUUCAAAUGUUUUGGUCUGGGAAACAAGGUACCGAAUUGCUCUAGGGAUAGCGCGAGGGUUGGUUUAUCUACAUGAGAAAUGUAGAAACUGCAUCAUACAUUGUGACAUUAAGCCUGAAAACAUCCUUUUGGAUGACGAAUUUUGUCCAAAAGUGGCAGACUUCGGGUUAGCAAAACUCAUGGGAAGGGACUUCAGCAGGGUCCUUACAACCAUGAGAGGGACAAGAGGAUAUCUCGCACCAGAGUGGAUUGCAGGAGUGGCAAUAACAUCGAAAGCCGAUGUCUACAGCUACGGGAUGAUGUUGUUUGAACUGGUGUCAGGAAGGCGAAACGCUGAGCAAUCUAAAGACGGGAAAGUCAACUUCUUCCCAACAUUGGCUACAAGCAUAUUAGUGGAAGGAGGCAACGUCCUUAGCCUAUUAGACCCGAGGUUGGACGGUAACGCGGACAUAGAAGAGCUUGAAAGAGUGUCUAAAGUUGCUUGUUGGUGCAUCCAAGAUGAAGAAUCUCAUAGGCCAUCAAUGGGUCAAGUAGUUCAAAUCCUUGAAGGAAUUAUGGAGGUGAAUUUGCCCCCAGUUCCGGGAUCUCUCAAACUUUAUGUGGACAACAAGGAGAGCAUAAUUUUCUUCACGGAGUCCGAGUCAAACGAGAGUUCCUCAUCAACUUCAUCCCAGGCCAAGGGCACAAACUCUUCUAUCUGUGCCAGCUCUUGAGGCGAGAUCAAAACAUAACAACAAAUUCUAUUAUGUCUCUUUUUCAGUUUCCUUUCCAUGCUCUGCCUUUCCCCUGUUUUUUAAGGCAAUGAAUAGUUUUGUAAUGACUUGUAUUAAGGUUGUAAAAUUAAUGUGUUCCCAUAGUAUAAUUGUCCAUUAGAGCUUCGUUGCUAUCUAACAGUUUCUCAU